UCUUAUUUCUCCCCGGAACGCGCGGACCCACUUCCUGUGAGGCGACUGGAUGCUAACCUAGAAUAUCAAACUAAACGCUUAGAUGUCCUGCUGUAAAACGACGUAUCCACGUUAAAAAUGAUGGAGGAAAACACUGAGUUAUCUGUGACGAUAGCUCGGUUGGUCCAGCGCCUGGCGGGGAGCCAUUUGCACUCCCAAAUCGAGCGUCAAGCUAAAGAGUGUCUUCACCAACCGGAGAUUAAACUGGAAUAUCUGAAAGAAGAUGUGCGUAGUUUCCUCAAAUCAUCAGGCUGGGAAAGAAAGCUCCAGAAUGCAGUGUACAGAGAAUUACACAUCCAGAUGCCCUCGAGCCACCCGGCGGCCACCGCAGAGCACCUCAAAGAGCCCCUGGCCUACAUGCGCAAAGCCCAGGCCAGCUGGGAGAGGCGCAUACUGAAAAGCCUGAACAGCAUGAGCACAGAGUUGGGAGUGCCUCUGGCGCGUAUGAGGCCGAUUGCCGAGCAACAGGAGCUAGCGAACAAGUGGAACGAGAUGGGCACGGAUGAACCAGACUUAAGCCGCUUCCGGCCUGUCUAUGCCCCAAAAGACUUCCUGGAGGUGGUGGUUGGCUUGCGGAACCCCAACCAUGACAGCAGUGAGGACAUCUGUGCCAAGAGCCACUGGGGCCUCAUCCAGGUUCCCCUCCACGUUACUGACAUCCAACAGCUGAGACGAGCCUACUUGGAACUCAGCCUCGCAGCUGGACAGUUGGGGAUCGAUGACAACGCACAUAUCCAUCCAGACGUAUUUGAAAACGACUAUGUUGAUAUUGGAAAAAAAGUGCUUGCAGAGCAGGACAGUGCAGCAGCGCAGCAGUACAGCAGGCAGGGCUGCCCCACUGGGCUCCGGGCUGACCUGUGGGCCCUCAUCCUCAAUUCAGUCAACCAUCCACAGGAUGUCCUACAUUAUGAGCAGCUAAAGGCGGGAGUCAUCCAACAUGACCUGCUGGUGGACAACCUUAUCUACAAGGAUGUGAAGCUGACUGCCAGCAAUGAUGACUACUACUUUGUCUUUGAGGACUUCCUCUACCAGGUGCUCCUGUGCUUCUCCCGGGAUGCUGCCGUCCUGGAGCACUUCAAGUACAACAGCGCCACUCCUCCCAAAUCCUCUCUUCAGGGCAAAGAAGAUGACGUACAGCGUGACGUUUUUUAUCCUCCCAAUGGUGUGAUCCCCUUCCAUGGCUUCUCAAUGUAUGUGGCGCCUCUCUGCUUCCUGUACAACGAACCGUCCAAGCUGUACAGCGUCUUCAGGGAGAUGUACACGCGCUACUUCUUCAGACUGCACUCCAUCUCCUCGGCGUCAUCAGGUAUAGUGUCUCUGUGUCUGCUCUUUGAGAGGCUCCUGCAAGCACACCUGCCUCAGCUCUUUUACCACCUGCGACAGAUGGGAGCUCAGCCGUUGCGCAUCGCCUUCAAGUGGUUGGUCCGAGCCUUUUCCGGCUAUCUCUCCACUGACCAGCUGCUUUGUCUUUGGGACAGAAUCCUUGGCUACGACUCCCUGGAACCUGUUGCAGUCCUGGCAGCUGCCGUCUUUGCCUUUCGUGCUGAGAACUUGAUGGAAGUGACGUCCCUGGCUUCAGCUGAGGCUGUCCUUGCAGACCUUUCAACCCUCCGGGUCAUGCCUCUCCUCCAGAUCUUCCUGUUUGCCACGACCGUCUAAACAAGCGUCACCAUGACACAUGACAGCAUGUUUGAUGUCUACUGUAAUGACCACUUCCUGUGUCCAGAAAGUCAGUGUAGUUUAAUGCUGUAGUUUGAAAUCAUUCCGCUUUGUCUAUUUAUUUUUUGUAAUGUAUUUGCUUAAAUCAAUAGGGAUUGAUUAUAUUGUUAGAAACAGUACAGUAAGAUACAAUAAUUGUCCUGUUAAUGUAAAAAGUAUACUUAAGGGGGGGGAAAAAAUCCACACCUACACACAGCCAGUUGUGUUGAAAAGAGUUUAAAUUUGAGAAAAGUUUAAAUUUGAAGUUGGAGCAAAACAGCAGCAGCAAUGGUAACAAUAAGUUAAAUGUUGCAACAAUAAAUAAAACACUUUUACACUUCCUCGUUACAAAGCCAUGUAACAGUAAUAAAAAAACAUUUCAAGUAGAGCAGCUCAACAACUGCAUCAAAGGUUAAUUUAAGUCAGUUUUUAAAUCAUUUUUCAAAUGAAAACAAAUUUCAAAAGAAAACCUUUUCUGAAUGUAAACUGAAUGACAAUUUGAUUUAUUGGUUGAUGAAUAUAGAAAAUGUCCAAUGAA